ACAAAUCUACUCAACUCUGUUCAAAAGGAAUUCAGGGUUCAAAACAGAAGGAGUCCGGCUUUGACUAUCAGUGUUCAAAGAUGAACCCGUGGCUGCUCCUGACCUUCACUGCACUCGCUGAAUGCAGUUCCCUCAAACAAAGCGCCCCCUCCUGUCCAGUCCUGUGCUCCUGCUCUUUACAACAGUCGCAGGUUGUCUGCGGCCAAAGCUCCCUCACCAGUUUCCCCGCAGACGGUUUAUCUCCCAACGCCACUCAACUGUCCAUCCGGUCCACGGGUCUAAGCGCCGUGACAGCCCAUCAUCUGAGCGCCGUGCCCCUUUUACACAAGCUCCAGCUCUAUCACAACAACCUCACGAGCCUCCCUGCGGAUCUUCUGAAGGGUGUUCCUCACCUGAACACAUUGGACCUCACCGGCAAUCGGCUGGUUCGUCUCCCUCCAAAUGUCUUCGGCCACGGCUCGCUCCGUGAUCUGGUGCUGAAGAACAAUCGGAUCGAAGAAAUGGAUGUCGAGUGGUUCUCCGUCAACUGCAGCUUGAUUUGGCUGGACCUGUCAGGAAACCGCUUAACUUCCAUCCCAUCUGGUCUACACCUAAAGGUGCCUCUCCUCCAGAGCUUGGAUUUGAGCGACAACAACGUGCAGGAGCUACAAGCCGAUGCCCUGGAAAACCUGCGCCGCCUGGAGACGCUGAACCUCGCCGGGAACAAAAUAAUCUCCCUGCAACCGACGACUUUCACCCACACCCCGAAGCUCUCCAAAUUGUUCCUGCAGGAGAAUCGACUCAAAGGUCUGCCGACAGACCUCCUGGAGGGUCUUCAACGCCUCGAACUCCUGCUGCUGAAUCAGAAUCAGCUGCAGUGUCUUCCCUCUGGUUUUCUGGGUGAGAGGGGUUCCUCUUUCCAGGUGACCUUGGCAGGAAACCCCUGGGUGUGUGACGAGAAGAUGGAGUUUCUAAAGAAGUGGCUCAGCGUCCAUCCACAUAGUGUCAUCUUUCUGGAGGAGGUGACCUGUGCGGGACCUGAGGCUCUCAAACAUCGACAAGUGGCGUCUGUCACUGACGGUGAGCUUGGUCUCAUUCAGUCAGACAAGUAAUAGGAAGGAAAAUACAGUGAUGUUCUGUAUUUUCUCUGUAUUUGAUCCUGAGAAUAAACAUUUCAUGAGUCA